AUGGGCCAAAUGGGGAUCCCCUCCGCGCAUCCGCAGCCACGCCUGCUGAACGCUACCAUCUCUGGAGCUGAAGAGAAAUAUACAAUCAAGUGUAUCUGUGGAUACGCAGAUGACCGUCCUAACACCGUAUAUUGCGAGAGAUGUGACACCUGGCAGCACAUUGAAUGCUACUAUCCUUCUCAACAGGUUCCGGAUGAGCAUUUCUGCGCAGACUGCCUCCCGCAAGAUAUUGACGCCAGGGGAGCGGCUGACCGACAGCGACUCAGACUCAAGCGCCUCAAGCGAGCCGCGCUCGGUGGCGAUCACUUAGGCUUUGCCGACACUCACACACCCUUCCUCGAACUCGAAACCUCUAAAUUGCUUGUGGCGCAUCGCCCAAAAUAUACCGAGAUACUAGAACAGCUCGAUACGAAACCUUCCAGCCUCGAAUUUCAAGAUAUCAUUGAGCGGGUCAAAGUGCUGCAUGAAUCUGCCGACACUCGCGUAGAAUCCUGUGAGCGCGCACUUCGCCUGAUACACGAGCAGAUGCGCGAUCAUGCAACCGAGCAGGAGGAGCGCGACCGUCGGGUGGAGGAAAGGCGGAGGAACCGGGGUGGUCAGAGGAAGAAAGUAGAAUCCUUGAAGAGCGUGAAAGCCAGGGAGCGCAGGCCACAGUUCACAAACGCCAUGCCACCCGAACUCAGUCCCACAGUUCCAGCCUGGGGCCCGUUCUCCUGA